GUAGCCUGGGCUUCGGCGCUGCGGCAAGGCUGCCGGACGGUGGGGCCGCUGACAGCAUGCCCGCCACCGGGAAGACCUUCCGCCGGCGCCGCGUCGACUCGGAGUCAGAGGAAGAUGAACAGGACUCAGAGGAGGUUCGAUUAAAACUGGAAGAAACCCGAGAGGUGCAGAACUUGAGAAAGAGGCCCAACGGGGUGAGUGCUGUGGCCCUGCUGGUAGGGGAGAAAGUGCAGGAAGAGACCACUCUAGUGGAUGAUCCAUUUCAGAUGAAGACGGGUGGUAUGGUGGACAUGAAGAAACUGAAGGAGAGGGGCAAAGAUAAGAUCAGUGAAGAAGAAGACCUCCACCUGGGAACGUCGUUUUCCGCAGAAACCAACCGAAGGGAUGAGGAUGCAGACAUGAUGAAAUAUAUCGAGACAGAGCUGAAGAAGAGGAAAGGGAUCGUGGAACACGAGGAACAGAAAGUAAAGCCAAAGAAUGCAGAGGACUGUCUUUAUGAACUUCCAGAAAACAUCCGUGUUUCUUCAGCAAAGAAAACUGAGGAGAUGCUUUCCAACCAGAUGCUGAGUGGCAUCCCUGAGGUGGACCUCGGCAUUGAUGCCAAAAUAAAAAAUAUUAUUUCCACGGAGGAUGCCAAGGCCCGACUGCUGGCAGAGCAGCAGAAUAAGAAGAAAGACAGUGAGACGUCCUUUGUGCCCACCAACAUGGCUGUGAAUUAUGUGCAGCACAACCGAUUUUAUCAUGAGGAGCUCAAUGCCCCCAUACGGAGAAACAAAGAAGAACCCAAAGCCCGGCCCUUGAGAGUGGGCGACACAGAGAAGCCAGAGCCUGAACGGUCUCCUCCUAACCGCAAGCGUCCCUCUAACGAGAAGGCCACCGAUGACUAUCACUAUGAGAAGUUCAAGAAGAUGAAUAGGCGGUACUGAGGGUGGCGAAGGGGAGAAAUGCAGGAUGGGAUGUAAACAGCACCUCCUCCCCCCACAAAAACAGGUUUCAUGGACAAGGCCUGAUGAUUUACUAAUGGAUAGUUCCAAAAAGAGACUUAGCCCUGCUGCCUACCUGCUAGAUUUUUCAAGCACUGAAUUUGUAAUCUUCUGAGACAAAAUGUACAGUUUUCCUAUUUGGGGACAAACUCUAUUUUGUGGGCACUAUUAAAUCUUGUUUGUAAAUA